AUGGCUAUCGGUACCAUAUUGUGUGCAUCGUAUUGGUCCGCAUGGAGUUCCCAAGAAGCAGCUAUGGAACAUGAUAAGCUACUCAAGGAUGCUAUAGAGGAAAUCCCUAGCACAAAUGAUGGGGAUAGAGGUGUCGUAGAGAUCAAUACUCUUUCAGCUAUUUGUUUCCUAUUUCUUGCUUCGGCCUUCCUGGUGGUUCUUUACAAGCUUAUGUCUUAUUGGUUUGUGGAGCUUCUUGUGGUUGUUUUCUGCAUUGGUGGGGUUGAGGUACCAACUUAUUUUUAG